GCUUAGAGAGAGAAAGAGAGAGAGAGAGAGAGAAACCAAGACAGAGAGAAGCAGGAAAGAAACUCUGCUUAGAUACAGUUGAGUGUUAAAGGUGUAUGCGCAGUAACACAUGUAUUGCUGCUUUCAAGGGAUCUACUGUGGGAACAAAUGUUACACUAAGAGCAAGAGGGGAAUACAACCACCACAGCUUUGUUGACAAGAUGGACUUUCACCUAAAAUACAGAUAGUGACAGCAGGAGAGAGACAGCAAAGGCCGGAGAGAGAGAGGGGGGGGAUGACAUGCAGCGAAGGGCCAGGGCUGGAAUCGAACCUGAGCCAUAAGUAGCCCCGUUUUUAAGCAUCAUUUUGAGACAUAGAUAUCUCUGAGAUGAUGGAGGAUGACGGACUUGGUCAUGUGAUGGUGGACAGUGAGGCGGACGUUCAAAUCAGACAAACCAAAGCUCAGCCACAGGCCAACAACAACAGACCCAGCUGGUCAAAUGGUCAGUGUGUUCUGGCAGUCCCGAGCUGUUCAGCGUUAAACCCCAGCUUUGAUCUAUCUCUGUGCCGUGCCAAACUGGAGAACUAUGGCUUCCAGAUUCCAUUCAGAGACAUGGAGGCUCCACUCAAGACAGCUCUGGACGUUCCCUCAGUGAGGAGAUACAUGGUUUUCAACUCAGCUCUCUUCCAUUUUAUAUUGGCACCGGUGCUGUAUGUGGUGGUGUGGUGCGCUGUGUUCUCCACCCUCCACCUCUACAUCACUGUCAGUGACUACUGGGUCCUUUGUCUCUCUGUCAGCCUGGUCUCCAUCUUCCUCACCACUGCCAUCAUCUUCAUCCUCCACUACAGUAACAAAGAGAUCAACAUGAAUUUAGACGUUCGGUUAAUCCAGGUGAAUGAGAGGAUGGUGAAACACAAGCUGCUGGUGGCCGUGGCCGACUGGGUGCAGAGCUGCACUGGAAACAUGCAGCUGUACUUUGUGUAUUGGGACAUGUCCCGUUGUCUGAGGGCACUGACUGAAACUUUAGAGGAGCGCAGCUUUGUGGCAAAUGACACCCAGAACAAACUGAAGAGGAAAAUGUCCCACCUUGUCCUCGUGGCCGAGGUCACGGCUGUUGAUCCCGAAGUCGGUGAGUCAGAUGUGGAGCAGAGCUCAGAUGAACAGAGGCCACUGCUGGGAAAUGAGGACACGGUCUGCAGUACCUCAUCCAGCCAGCGGGAGGAUGCCAAAGUCACCAAGAACUACAGCCUCAUCCCUGAUGCAUCCUUACCUGCUCAGGCUAAAGCCUACCAGCUUCUGAUGACUUACAGUGCAGCGUAUGUGAAGCUGCUCGUGUCUGAGAGGCUGUCUGGACCAUCACACCACCGCCUACGUCCCCGGAGGAAUCACUGUACCACCGCCCCUUUCUGCCUCUGCCAGUACAUCAAAAAGAAGAUCCUUCGAUAAGAGAGCUGUCAGACCAGGACACCUGUACAUGGAACUGGUGGACUACACUUAAAAAAGACUUUUGCUUUGCACACAGUCUUGAACAGACAAACUGACAUGUAGAAGCACACAUGGAUUAGGUUACAUGUUCAAGGACAUUUUGAAAGGACGUGUUUGGAGCUUCACGCUCCUGAUUUAUGUGUUUUUAAGGCUGUUUCUCCAGCCUGCAGGCUACUGUACCUCUGCUGCUGUUUUCACACCGGCUCCGUGUUUGCACCUCCUGGUCCAUUUGGUCCCAGCGAUCUCUGCACCCUGCCAAAUGCUGUUACACUGAGAACACACUGAGGUCUAUUCCAGCUGCUGUAAAACAAUAUUUGUACUGUUGUACACAGUCAAGGCCUUAGUUACUGCUGUUUAAAUUAUUUGCACAAACAAUAAAUAUUGAUUCUUGUGUUUUGAUUGAAUUUGAAUAA